AUGGUCUCGCAGUGCUCUGACAUCAGCUUAGAUCUCUCCACGGUACCAGAUACCAAUCACCUCGAAGCCCCUACGGUCGAAAUCGAGGCUGCGAGUGUGUGCGCCACCCUCAACAAUGCGCCAGGGAAUAGUAAUUCGGAUUUACUAGUGGAGCCCGAAUGGAUGCGUAUGUCGGCGUACUCCUACGCGACUGGCGACAAGGUCACUAUCUCAUGGAUAUGGCUUCACGGCUGGCGUCUCGAAGACAAGAACGGCAAGGAGUGCUGGCUCUGUAAGAGGUGUCACACUGCGAGUGAAAAGAGAAGGGCAUCUAUCGCACCGAUCGAAGCACAAGCUCCGCUAGUGUCCAUAUGA